AUGAUAGACGAAACAAGAUUGCAAACAGAACAAGCUGUGACAAUCACACUGAUUGACUUUUGUCCAUUGCAAAACAGUUUCAAAGACUCUCCAGAGGAUACUCACUUCACGUUGCUUCGAGACAAACUCAGAGAAAUCCAAAAAGCACACCUUUUCAAUUCGAAACCAUCCAUGCUCCUCAUGAAACGACAAUCAAAAAUUGUCUUUCAAGAUUUAAAACUUGGCAAGGGAGGCUACAAGAAUCUGCUCGUUCUCCAACUAGAUCCUUCACUCCAAGAACCAACACUCACCAUCGAUCACCAAUUGAGUCAACACACAACUCUUGAACAAUUAAUUCCACAUCUUCCCUCAAACUCUCCAAGAUUUAUCUGUUACAAUCUUCACUAUGAAAUGCCAAGUUAUUCAACAAGCAGAGAAGGUGAGAGAAGUAAGAUUAUCCUCAUCACUUGGUGUCCAAAAGAAUGUGGAGUCAGAGAACGAUUUAAAACAGCUCUUGGAGUUCAAUUUCUAUUGAAUAAUUUGAAUGGAUUAUCUGCUACUGUACAUGCCACAUCGAGUAGAGCUCUCACUCAUCAAUCACUUGUAAAACAAGUUCUUUAA